AUGAACAAUCCUUAGAUGUAUCUUAAUUUGCUCAUAUCAAAUCCUAUUAUACCAAAAUGUAGACCAUAUGAUCCCAUUUUGGAUGUUGGAAGAAAAGUAAGUUGGAUGCUAGAUAAAUUUGAAGAUGAAUAUGAGCAGAUAGAAUCUUAAAUAAAUAAUUUUAUCUAUUUUCUCAACUGCACCCAUCUAUUGAUUUUAGCAGAAAAUACUACCCCAUAAAUGCCUUGUCAUAUUGCUUAAUAAAUUCAUAGUUCUCAUUCACUACAAAUGUUUAGCCUAAUAAUUGGCAAAAUACUAUAACUUCCACACUCAAAAACAUGUUUGUCUUUCUUGACUAGAAUUUGA